CACGGAUGAGAAAAAUAGAAGAAACGAGCGAAACGGGCAAAAGCAUGCAUGUAGGGAUGUGACACGGGCAGUGACACGGGCAUCAUGCCCGUGUCAGAGGUCGUGUCACCUAACAGAUUGGUUUCAAGGAUUUAUAUGUAACACGGGUUGCGACACGGCCAGUGACACGGACAGACUG